AUGGUCAAGGCAGGAAAGCUCAAACGCUCGGAGCGGAGACAACCGGAAGCCUUCCCCAUCAUCAAGGUCGACGACGACGAGCAGACACCAUCCUCGGCCACAUCAGCCACGGCGGCAGCGACGGCAUCUUCCAACCAAGCGCUGCACCGCCCGCACCAAACGCAACAGCAGCAGGCGCCCGCCAAGCGCACCACCAACCGCGGCAAGACCAGGCAGAAGGACGCCCGCGCAAAGGCCCAAAAGGCCAUUGAAAACGCCGAAAAGCUCGCCCACCGCGCCAUGAUGGUCAACGUCCGGGCAGAGAAGAAGAAGCGCGCAAAGGCCUAG